AAGGUUGGAUGUAAGAUUUUAACACAACUAAAACACAAAUUGUUCGCCUUAAUCUAAUCACAGUAAAUUGAAACAAACAAAUAAAAUUAUAAAACUCUCUCUUUAAAUGUGAAUGCCAAAUUAGUAAUUUAUUUUACACAAAAGUUGAACCUCUCAAAAUGAACGGGUAUUACGCCAUGCUAUGUCCUCCGAUCGGAAGAUGUGCUUAAAUAAUUUAAAGGAAACAAACUGUCCCACUGUGCCUGAAAGCAAAUUAUUGUGGAAGUUGGAACUGCUGGAAGACAUAUUUGUGUCAUAAAUUAAAUAAAAAUUGUAUAUGUAUAUAGUUUUAGAUACAAAAAUUUAAAAGCUAAACUUAAAUUAAAAUUGCUUAUUGUACAUUUUUCAAAUUAACUGAAAUUAUACAGUUAGAAAAUCAGAUCGACUAAUACUGAAGAUUCAUUUACUACUGUGUGCCUAAGGUAUCCUUGCUGAAUUGGAGAUAGUGAACUUUAUGUUUGUCCUAACCCUGUCUAGUCUGGUUCUUCAUAGAGAUCUGUACUGCAGCAGUGUGUUGUGGUGUCGAUGGAAUCUGUACCCACUUCACACUAGUUCUCUCUAAUUAUUUAAAUGAAACACGAAAUCAUGACAUCUCUUGAGGUUGCCACAUGCGAAGAUGACAUAGUGAACAUUGAUUUGAACACUAUACCGGAUGAAGCAUUGUUUCAAGGGGGGAUACACGAUCAAGUUGACAUUGGAGUGCUAGAUGACAUUCCGUACAUAAUCAGUGAUGUGUCUAACAAUUCAAACAAUUCCUUUCCUCUUGGACCCCGAGGACCGCCGCCUCGCAAAGACGAUCCCGGGCAAUACAACUUCAGCGUCGAAAUCCACAGCAAGGAUACACACAAGAAGAAGUUCUUGUUCUCGCACAAGCUGAACCGGAUCUACGUGAACAUGGAGACCGACUUCGCUGUCCAGUUCAACUGGGAGCUGGUGGAUCUCGCCGUGACGCAGAUGUACGUGCGCGCCACCGUCGUCUUCGAGGACGAGUCCCAGGCCGAGAAGAGAGUCGAGAGAUGCAUCCAGCACAAACUCUGCAGUUCCGAUAAAGGCCAGGACCGCGUCGUGUCGGAGAACGUGCUGCGCUCGUCGCGGCCCCUGGGCACCAACGACGUGCAGUACUGCGGCCACCCGGACGACCCCGACUACUGGUACUCCGUGCUGGUGCAGCUGCCCAAGCCGGGCCGGGAGCCCUGCACGCACGCCUUCAAGUUCGUCUGCAAGAACUCCUGCAGCACCGGCAUCAACCGCCGCUCCAUAGCCAUUAUCUUCACGCUGGAGAGCGCCUCCGGCUCGGUGCUGGGGCGGCAGACGGUGGGCGCGCGGGUGUGCUCGUGCACGGCGCGCGACAUGUGCAAGGACGAGGAGGCGGAGGGCGCGCGCGCGGCCAGGAAGCGGCCCCGGCCCGCGCAGUCGCGCCUCCUCAAGAAGAUCAAGCUGGAGACCGUCGGCGACCUGCCCGUCGACGCCGAGACCCUCACCCUGCCGCCGCUGGAAAUUAUCGGAGCCAAAACGGUGAAGACCGGCCUGGAAGUGAUGCUGCGCAUGAUGGAGCAGGCGGCCCACUUCCACAAGCACGACCAGCUCGCCGCCGACGGCUACCAGCGCCGCGUCGCCAGCCUCCGACAGUACAUCGACACGCUCGACGCCAAACCGACGAAACAUGCCAGCGAAUAGAGACGGCAAAGGGUGCUGGGACUAUGAAGCCACUUGAUGGACCCCUUGAGAAUCACCAGUGUCCUGAUCCAUCAUCAUCAUCAACAGCCCACAGCCGUCCACUGCUGCAUAUAGGCCUCUCCCAAUCCAAACCACUGAGCCCGGUCAACCGCUCUCCUCAUACACUUCUUGCCGGCUACCGUUCGGAGGUCAUCGCACCACCUGCCAGGGGACGUCCCUAGUUACGUCUUCAGCUGCGGGAUCUCCACUCGAGAACCCUGGUCCUGGUUCCUGGCCCAGCUCGGUAUAAAUUAGACUAUUCUCUUCGGAUAUAUUCACUUCACUUGCUCAGAGGAAAUAAUUUACUCUCCGAGAACUGUGCCUCUGCUGGCCGGCCAUUAUUGUCUAUUUAAAUGUAAACAUUGAAAAAAUAUUAAUCGAAUUUUUCACUAUACGUGAUGUCUACGAUCGAUUGCCAUAAAAAGAUUUUAAUUGUGACAAUUUAUUGAUCACGCUAUUAUGUAGUGGUAACUAAUUUUAGAUAGAUUAUGUUUUUGUUGUUUUUAAUUUUGUUAAUUAAGUUACAUUAUAUAAGUACAUUAUUUUUUAUCUAAAAAUUUUUGAUUAAAAUUGUGAUGUUAAACUUGGAAGGUAAAGAAAGCUCAGCAGCGUAAGUUAAUGUAAAAAAAAGGAAACAGUUAACACAGAUAAUGAUAAAUUAUAUUUAGUUGAAAAAUAAAUACAGAUUAUAAAUAUAUUUAGUAAAAUAAUUAACACAGAUAAUAAAUAUAUUCACUCGAAUAAUUACGAAUUUGCCGUGGUUGCGGGAAUCACAACAUAAACAAAAUUUAUUAUAAACAAUUGAAUUAUGGUUAAAUAUAAAAGUAAUUAAUAAGUAAGUAAAGUAAG